AUGGCCGCGGGGAAAGCGCCGUCCCAGGGCCGGCCACUGCCGCCAUCAGCCCGAGCGCCCCCCGCCGCCGCCUUCGCCGCCGCCGUCGCUUGGUCCCGGCCGCCGCCGCCGCUGCUGCCACCGCCGCGCGGGCCGCCUGCCGCCCCGGCCCCGCCCCCUCCGCCCGCCCGCCGCCCGGGGGCCGGCCCCUCCCGCCGCGCGCCCCGCGGGCCGCCAGCGCCGCUGCCGCCACCGCCAUGGCCGCCGCCAGCGCCUCACGCCGCCCGCCUGGCCGGUUCCGCUGAGAAACAAGUUGGGAAAGAAGUUGGGAUGACUUCCAGCAGAGCCAUUAACGCGAAUGGCCACCCAGACAGGCCCGCUGGCCCUCUCCCAGCCUCUGACUAGCGUCAGGCCUGAAGUGGUACCACCUCCGACUGCACCCAGUUUGGACUUGGCACUCUCGGUCCGACCAAGACCCCAUUUCCCUCCCAAGAACCUGCCCACUCCACUCAACACCCACAGAGACCCCAAUCCCAGGCACAGUGCAAAUGGUCCAGUCACAGCACAAGCUGCUGGGGGCGGCUUGGCAAUGUCACCACCGAUGGUGCCGUGGCCCUGCUGUGAAAUGCGCAGCCUCGGGAGGAGGCAGCACCCUCUCGGGUGUUCAGUCUGUGCCCAGGAACCCCUGUAGUCGGUGGAAACCCACCGCUCAGUGCCAGAGGAAACGGGCUUAUAGAAACAGGUCUCUGUCCGGGGCCCUGAUUGGUCUGUCCUCAUGCAAAUGAGGCUCCAAAUCGUCCCGUGGGACUGGCUUGUUCUCGCUAUAAAAGUUUGGUAUGUUUUCUAUAGCAAAGUAGCAACUGCUCACUCCCUUUGCAAAGACUUCUGGGACUGCGACUAUCAAGUCUCUGCUGUGUCGCCUGGAGCUGUUAGUCCUGGAUCAUCCAGUCAUUAUGACACCUCAGUGAACCCUCUCCUCCACCUUCCCAUCUUCCCAUUUCUAGAUGAUUCCACUAAUGGGUAUUUUUACUGUGCAUUAAGUUUGACGUGGCGUUUCAAGUUCUGAGUGUAGACACGCCUCCCUUCGUUGCAUUUUGCUUUAUUGUGCUUUGCAGAAGCUGUGUUUUCAUCAACAUCAAAGCAAGACCCUCCAACCCAGCAAAAAGAUCACGACUUGCUGAAGGCUCACAUGACGAUCAGCAAUUUUUUAGCAAUAAAGUGUUUUUUAAUUAAGUA